UCAGCAGUGACAUUCCUCAUUUGUAGCUGGCUUUUCUUCAGAAUUUUCAGUCGGACUCAUUCAUCAAGUAAUUUGUGAUUUUGUGACAGAUCGGCAAGGGUUGAUGCUUUUACUGAUACACCACAUGGUACAAUUAUAUCUGUUCUUAUUCUUCGGAAAUUCGUGUUAAUCCCCGUAUUCGACCCAUGUCUACGCAUUCUUCGUGAAUAUUCCAAAUAUUUAAACGAUACCUGUGUCCCUGAUGCCGUGCAUGUGUCUUGGACUAUUUUUAUCUCUGUCUCAUUCCAAAAUUGAGCGAGUUGAAAGCUAAUAGCGACAGUGUGAAUCCACUUUAAAGCAAUACUGUCGGAUUCAACUGCCCUGGUUCGCACCAAGAGUACACAAAUAAUCCCAAUUCCACGGUAACAAGUGGGCUGACACGUCUUCUACCGAUAGUAGGCGCUAUCAAUUCUACGUACUACCUCACUCAGCACCAGAAAGGUACCAGCAGUCUUUUCAUCUGCGACUCGUAAAAUUACACAGCCAGUCUGCUGCGGCAAUUGCACGAGUUGGCUUGGAGAUUAUUUAGUUUCCCUUGGGCUUUCUGAUGCUGUAGCAACAGCAGAGCGUGUGACUUGGAAACAUUGAGCUGCGAGCUGACCAGUCGGUGUAUGAGUUUAACUUGGAAAUUUUUGGAGGGAUCUUUUGAGAAGAUUGAAUAUUGAACCCUGCGGGACGGAACUGGAGUCAGUUUCUGCAUUUACUUGCUGACUUUAAUAACUGAGAGGUUAGCAGGAUUAAAGAAAAACGAGGAGAUGGACUGGGAGGACCGCAGGUGCUGCUGUUGCAGAAUGAUGGAUUGAAUAGCCCAAGUUAGGCAACGCAAGAACUAGUUAGAUUUUUUUUACAUUGGAAUGGUGCAGCAGGCAGCCGUGUUUUCUGGUUGGCGGCGUGUUCUCAGCUUCAGCAGGGACCCUGGGAGCAGCAACUGCAAUGGAGAUGCCUCCUGUGCUAUGUACCAAAAUAUGCCAUCAGAAACCUCAAGAUCUGAGAGAUGACAUUUCUGAGAAACAGGGUCCAAUUACAGUGAAUCCUCGCCAUAUGAAGAGAGCCUUCAAAGUUAUGAAUGAACUCAGAAAUCAGGACUCAUUGUGUGAUGUGACGAUAGUGGCAGAAGAUAUCGAAAUUGCAGCUCAUCGAGUUGUGCUGGCAGCUUGUAGUCCUUACUUUCAUGCUAUGUUUACAGGAGAAAUGAGUGAGAGUAGAGCAAAGAGGGUGCGGAUAAAGGAAGUUGAUGGAUGGACUCUAAAGAUGCUCAUUGACUAUGUUUAUACUGCUGAAAUUCAGGUCACUGAAGAAAAUGUACAGGUGCUUCUUCCAGCAGCUGGACUGUUACAGUUGCAAGAUGUGAAAAAGGCUUGCUGUGAUUUCCUGGAAUCCCAGUUACAUUCCACCAAUUGCUUAGGGAUUCGAGCUUUUGCUGAUAUGCACGCAUGCACAGAACUUCUGAAUCGUGCCAACACAUAUGCUGAGCAACAUUUUGCUGAUGUCGUGCUGAGUGAUGAAUUUCUUAAUCUUGGCAUAGAACAAGUCUGCAGUUUAAUAGCUAGUGACAAACUGACUAUUUCUUCUGAGGAGAAGGUUUUUGAAGCUGUAAUUGCCUGGGUAAACCAUGAUAAGGAUGUGAGGCAAGAACACAUGGCCCACUUAAUGGAACAUGUGCGGUUACCAUUGCUUUCUCGUGAAUAUUUGGUGCAGCGAGUGGAAGAGGAAACAUUAGUUAAAAAUAGCAGUGCCUGUAAAGACUACCUUAUUGAAGCUAUGAAGUAUCAUUUACUACCGGCUGAUCAGCGGACAUUAAUGAAGACUAAACGAACUAGAUUAAGAACACCCUUGAGCCUCCCGAAGGUCAUGAUGGUAGUUGGUGGACAAGCGCCAAAAGCCAUCCGUAGUGUGGAGUGUUAUGACUUUAAAGAAGAACGUUGGUAUCAGGUGGCUGAACUACCCUCCAGAAGAUGUAGGGCAGGUGUGGUACAGAUGAAUGGUCUGGUUUAUGCAGUAGGUGGCUUCAAUGGCUCAUUACGAGUUCGCACAGUUGAUGUAUAUGAUCCUGCGAAGGACCAGUGGUCAACUAUUGUUAGUAUGCAGGACAGAAGAAGCACUUUAGGAGCAGCAGUAUUAAAUGGCCUCUUGUAUGCAGUUGGUGGAUUUGAUGGGAGCACAGGUUUGUCAACAGUGGAAGCAUACAAUGCAAAAUCUGGUGAAUGGUACCAUGUGGCAUCAAUGAACACCAGAAGAAGCAGUGUUGGAGUGGGUGUUGUUGGAGGGCAGCUGUAUGCAGUUGGUGGUUAUGAUGGUGCAUCUCGACAAUGUCUUAGUACUGUAGAGGCGUAUAAUCCUGCUACUGCUGAAUGGACUAAUGUUGCUGAAAUGAGCACUCGACGGAGUGGUGCAGGUGUGGGUGUGUUAAAUGGUUUGCUAUAUGCAGUUGGAGGUCAUGAUGGUCCGUUGGUCAGAAAAAGUGUGGAAGUAUAUGACCCUGCCACCACUUGUUGGAGACAGGUUGCAGAUAUGAACAUGUGCAGAAGGAAUGCAGGUGUCUGUGCUGUCAAUGGCUCUCUGUAUGUAGUUGGAGGGGAUGACGGCUCCUGUAAUUUAGCAUCAGUGGAAUAUUAUAAUCCAACAACCGACAAAUGGUCACUUCUUCCAUCCUCUAUGAGCACAGGAAGAAGUUAUGCAGGUGUUACAGUACUUGACAAGCCAUUAUGACUAGGCAUGGGUUACAAAACUAUAUGAACACUGGAAAUCCAGUCUGGAAGUAAAACGCGCAAGAAGUAGCUAAGCAUUCUUGCACUUCUUUGCUGAUGGAUCUCAUUAGCAUGCAGCGUGGAGGACGACAAUGGCCUCUUCAUGACUGGGAUUGAAGUUUGAAGAUUAUACUUGGUAGAAGCAUUACAUAGGGAUCAGUCUGUGUUGCAGAUGUCUUAACAGUUUUUACUGAUAAAAGACUUUGGAAGUCAACUUUUAUUAACAAGAUUUUCAGGGAAGAUUACUUUAUGUGAGAACCAACAGAAAGUGCCAUUUUAUCACUGUAAGGAAUGUGAUUAAUUUGUUGCAGGUUGGUAAGCAGAAGAGAAACAUUUUACAGAAAGUUUAACAUGCAUUGUUCAUGUGAUGUAUUUUACACUAAUAAAACCUUCUACAUCAGUUUUCACAAAUUAACUAGGUCAGUUUGGCAACAGAAGCAGCCCUGUAAUUUGGUCAUCUUACUGCGGUUGUAGCUGGUCUUUGGUUGUUUUUCCUGACAGCAUGCUGGAACUGGAUUUUUUUUUUUUUCUUCUGGCAUAGUACUUCAGAGAAUGACAACAGUAUACUGAAAGCAAAACAAAGCUCUAUUCCAUCUGUUUGUACAACUGACAUUAAAGUGUCAGUUUUGAAGAAUGUUUGAAAUAAAACUAGCACAUUUGAAAAAUGCCAAACUUAAUGUUUUAUUUAUUUAUGAAUUGCUAAUUUCUUUUUUAUAUUUUAAAUGUUUUGAUGCAUUCCUUGCAUUUUCUUAACAUUCAAAUGGCUAAUUGUUUAGUGUGAGCAAUGGACAUGAUUACCAUUUGGAUUACUACUUAACUGCAUGAAUUUAUUAAAUAUUUUUGUAUUAUAAGUUUAGAUGCUGUUCUGAAAUACUGUUCUUUGGCCAUGUUUGUAUUAUGUUGAGUGAAUAUGUAUGUAAUGAGAAGAAUCUCAGAUAAGAAUCUUCUUAAAAUGACCAAACUGUUUCUUGUUAAUUAUGGACUUCUGUAAUUUAUUAAAGUUUGCAUCUUGCCUUUCUGCUUUA